AUGACUGACGAUUUACUUGAUAAUUAUAAUCCAUUGUAUGAUAUCCAUCUGCGCAAAUAUUUUGCUAUGCCACAUAUGCAACGCCAUCUUAGAUAUUUUGGUUUGCUUGAAGAUUUAAAGCAAGAAGAAUCUUCAAGUGGGACGAAUAUUCAUCCAAAGCACGUAGAAAUUAAUAGAAUGCUACGUAAUCGUGAAGCAGAAUUGCAAAAAUAUGCUGAAUUACAGCGUAAAUUAAAUGCAGCAGAAAAAAUUGAAAUUUGUCGAAGGAUAAGAAAUGGAAAUGCAUCUCCAAGUGAUUGGCAUGGAGCAAAACCUUCUCGAAGUUUAAGCCGAGGAAGAUAUAUAAAAAAGCGUCAUCAUCGAAGAUCGUCUACAAGUACAGAUGACAAGGAUUUGGUGAAAAAAAUUGAAAAGGAAAACGAAGAAUUAACUUACGAGAAUCCAUCUUUGGUUUACAACAGAUUAUCAACGAAUAUACGUAAAUAUCGAUAUUUGCAUAAACUUGAUGAUGAAACUCUGUCCGUUUAUAUGCACCAAUUACGACGUCAACUUAGCCGUCUAGAACGUUUCCGUGAAGUUUCAUUUGGGCCAUAUUCCGUGGCAAGAAAUCAAACUGACCCUCAGAUCUCAUGGUUCUUCAGACGCAGGUCACUACCCAGUUUGAUCGAUACUACGCCUACGUCUUGUAUUAUUACUACUACUACACACAGCAAUACGUAUGAGCAACCAGUUUUGAGGUAUUCAAAAUAG